GGAGAAUGGGCUGUGCUCUGCUCUUAUACCAGGAUGUUAAGAGAGGGGAAUAGAAGCAAGGUGAGCUGGUGUUUUUUUUUUUUUUAAUAUUGGUAAAAAGGAAAGCGUAGGAGGGGAGAUCAAUCUGAUACCAUAUUCUUGUUUCGCAAGUAUACUGGCCACAAGAAAAAAUCUAUUUUGGGUAUACCGAAAUGAAGCUUGUGUCUUAAAAAAACAGCCUACUUGCUUGACAUUAUAAGUUAUAGAAAGGUGGCAUCAUGGAGAGGAUUGUCUAAGGGUUUUGGACUCGGAAGACCUGGAUUAAAAGCCCAGCUCAGUCAAACUACUCCACAAGACUGUGUCCAGGAGAUUGAGGUCCUUCUGCCUCAAUGGAUUACACACUCGAGCCCAACGUGACAGAAGUAACCGACUACUACUACCCUGAUGUCUUCUCAAGCCCCUGUGAUGGGGAGCUCAUCCAGAGAGGCAGCAGCUUGCUUCUUGCCAUCUUUUACUGCCUCCUGUUUGUAUGCAGUCUUCUGGGCAACAGCCUGGUCAUCCUGGUCCUUAUCACCUGCAAGAAGCUGAGGAGCAUCACAGACGUGUACCUCUUGAACCUGGCCCUGUCCGACUUGCUUUUUGUCUUCUCCUUCCCCUUUCUGACCCACUAUCACCUGGACCAGUGGGUGUUUGGGACUGUAAUGUGCAAGGUGGUCUCUGGAAUUUAUUACAUUGGCUUCUUCAGCAGCAUGUUCUUUGUCACCCUCAUGAGUGUGGACAGAUACGUGGCUGUUGUCCAUGCCGUGUAUGCCCUGAAGGUGAGGACGGUCAGUAUGGGCACAGUCCUAAGCUUAGCAGUAUGGCUGAUUGCCAUCAUAGCCACCAGCCCACUGCUAGUGUUUUACCAAGUGGCCUCCGAAGACGGCAUUCUGCAGUGCUAUUCAUCUUACCAUCAGCAGACUUUAAAGUGGAAGAUCUUCACCUACUUUGAAAUUAACAUCUUGGGUCUGUUGAUCCCAUUCACUAUCCUUUUUUUCUGCUACAUCAGCAUCCUGCACCAGCUGAGGGGCUGCCAAAAGCACAAGACCAAGGCCAUCAGGCUGGUGCUCAUCGUGGUGGCUGCCUCUUUGCUCUUCUGGGUCCCCUUCAACGUGGUCCUCUUCCUCACUUCCCUGCACAGCAUGCAUGUUCUGGACGGGUGUGUCAUAAGCCAGCGGCUGAUCUAUGCCACCCAUGUCACAGAAACCAUUUCCUUCACUCACUGCUGUGUGAACCCCGUUAUCUACGCUUUCAUGGGUGAAAAGUUUAAGAAACAUCUCUCAGAAAUAUUUCAGAAAAGUUGCAACUACAUCUUCCUCUGCCUAGGGAAACGAGACUCUAAAGAGGGUUGGGAAAGGUCGUCGUCCUUCCAUCAGCGGUCGUCCGGUUCCUCCAGCAUAGACUACAUCUUGUGAGAAGGAUGCCUCGGAGAAGCUUGAGUUCACUGCCAUUCUUCUCCCAAGAGACAAACAUUACUCAUAUCAGAUCCUGAGGCUACAUGAAGGAAAACUCUUAGAACUUUGGUUAAAGGCACGUUUUAUGGCGAUCACAUGGCAUUUAAUAAAUUUUUUUUUUUACUGUUGUGAAAUAAUCUCAUUGUUCAAGGACUUCAUUACUACUUUCUGGAAAUAUUCUAUUUUGGAUACCUUUCCCGUGGUGGGGGUUAGGGCGACAGCAGCGGUGAUGGUAGCCAUGGUAAACUAAGCUGAACAAAAUCAGACAAUAUUACUGAAAAGGGUAUAACAACAACAACAACAAAAUGUGGGAUGCCUUGUCUUAGACUCCUAGUGUAGCUGUAACAAAUAUACUACCAGUGGGAAGCUUUAAGGAACAGGAAUUUACUGUCUCACAGUUUUGGAUGCUAGGAGUCUGAACUGAGCGUGUCUGCAGGGCUGUGCAGUCUUGUCUCUCAGCUUCUGGCAGCCUAUCUUGGCAUUCCCUAGCUCGUAGACAGAUCCUCACAUGGUCUCGUCUCCCUGCAUAUGUGUCUGUGUUUAUUCUGUUUUUCAUAUGACAACAUGAAGAAGGGAUUAGGUUUAGUACCUACCCUCCUCCAUAACAAAAGAAAACCCUUUCCAAACAGGGUCACAUUCACAGGUGCAGGGGUUAGCGCAUCAACAUAUCUUUUGAGGGAACACAAUUCAAUCCCUAACACUUCCUAAUAGUAAUACCCAUUUUUGUCGAGUUGAUUCCGACUCACAGUGACCACGUAGGACAAAACAGAACUGCCCUAUAGGGUUUCCAAGGAGCAGCUGGAGAAUUUGAACUGCCAACCUUUUGGUUAGCAGGCAAGCUCUUCACCAUUGCACCUGCAGGGCUCCAUCCUGAUAGUAAUAGCUAACAGAUAUUGAGAGCUUACUGUGUACCAGGCAUGGUCCUAAGGGAUCUGCAUGUAUCAGUUCAUUUAAUACUCAUAACCGUAUGAGUUAGGUACUAUUACAGCUGAGGAAACUGAAGCACAGAAAGGUUAAGCUUCUUGCCAAGGUUGCAGCAUAAGCAGAACUGGGAGGUGAGCCCAGUUUGGCUCUAGAGCCCGUGCACUUAACCACCAUGCUGGGCUACGUCUCUGUUUAGGGCAGGUGGGGAAACCUUUGAGCCUAGGCCUGCUUCAUUUAUCCUUUUUUUUAAGUUUCUUAAAACACCGCUAAAGGAAACUUAAGAGGAAAAUACUAACACUCCUGCCACCCUAAUACAAUAGUGGUUUCCUUUAUUUCUGAGUGAAUUUCAUGUAGCAACAGGUAUGGCGAUUUGAGAGGGUUAUCUCCUGAAGGUAACGUGAGGGGGUAGUUUCUGUCCUGUCAUAACCGCCUGUGUGACUUUGAGGAAGUCACUUUACCUUGAAAUCCAUAAUUCUAUCACCAGUCUCUUCAAGGCAAUCUAGGCUUUUAUGAGGCACCUUAAAACUCUUCCAGCCUCUACCUACCACCCAAUUACAACACUGCUUCCGCAUUUUAGGUCUUUGUUACAGCAGCAUCCCCACUUCCCAGUACCAAAUUCUGUUUGACUUAUAUUACCAUAGAUCAGUUUUUCUUGUUUUUGAAAUACAUUUAAAUGGGAUUAUACAGCGUAUAGUCUUUUGUGUCUGACUUCUUUCAUUCCUUAUGGCUUUCAUUCAUCGUGUGUGUGAGAUUCAUCCAUGUUUUUGCUUAUAAAAGUAGCUCGUUCAUUUUUACUGUGGUAUAGUAUUCCAUUGUAUGAAUAUAUAGUUUUUGUUCAUUUUACUGUUAUUUUGUACAUUGGGGCUGUUCCCAGUUUUGGAGUAUUAUGUAUAAAGUACGGGGCCCUGGUGGCGAAGUGGUUAAACGUAAAGUUGCUAUAAAUACUCUUGUAUAUGUCUUGUAAAAAAAAAAAAAAUUUUUUUUUUUUUUAUAUGUCUUGUGGUGGUCAACAGUACUCAAUUCUUUUGGAGAUAUAUCCAGGGAUGGAAUUACUGGAUCAUAGCAUGUAAGUGUGAUGAGAUUAGUUAGGUGCUGACAAACUGUUUUCCAAAGUGUUUGUAUCAACUCACAUUCCCAUCAAUAACGUUGAGAAUUCCAACUAGUCCAUCUCCUUGCCACCACUUGAUAUCCUCAGUCUUUUUUAUUUUAGCCAUUCUGGUGGGACUGCAGUGGUAUCUAUCACACAAUUUUAAAUUGCAAUUCCUUGAUGAAUAAUGAUGUUGAGUACCUUUUCAAAUGCUUACUGAUUGUGAGGAUAUUCUCUUUGUGAAGAGCCUGUUGAAACAGUUUUCAUAUUUCAUUAGGUUGCUUAUCUCUUUCUAAUUAAUUUUAGGAGCUUUUAAAUACUCCUGGAUAUGAACCUUUGUUGUUGUUGCCAGGUGCCAUUGAGUCAGUUACAACUCAUAGUAACCCUAUGUACACAGAUUGGUCUUUAUCAAUCGUAAAUAUGUCUCUAAUUAUAAAUGUAUUUUUCAAAUUUGUAGA